CCUGAAAAUCCAGUAAUCUAUUGUGGUGCUUCUUUGUCAGGCACUGGGAAAGGAGGUACCAGCAUCUGGGGCAAGAAGUUUGGAGACGAAUUCAGUGAAUACCUAAAGCACAGUGUCCGUGGGGUAGUUUCAAUGGCAAACAAUGGUCCGAAUACCAAUGGAUCGCAGUUCUUCAUCACUUACGGCAAGCAGCCGCACCUAGACAUGAAGUACACCGUGUUUGGAAAGUAA